AUGCUGAGUGAUGACGAAAAAAAGAAGUAUGCUUUACUGGAGAUUGAAAAAGCUUUGAAACGAAAUGGAACUUCUCUCGCCAGAUUUGAUACUAUGCCUAAACUGCCAAAGACAAGUAGCCACGAUUCAAACGUCUUGGUGUUAGAUGAACGCAGCUACGAUCGUUCUGCUUUGUUACAGACUCUGCAAAACGAUCUACCGAAGAUGACUUGCGAGCAAAGAAAGAUUUAUGAAGAGAUUCUUUCUACUGUUAAUAAAGGAGAUGGUGGAAUGUUUUUUGUUAGUGGUUUUGGUGGAACAGGCAAAACUUUCCUUUGGAAAUUGCUUUCUGCAGCUAUCAGAUCAAGAGGAGAUAUUGUUCUAAAUGUGGCAUCAAGCGGCAUUGCAUCACUGUUGUUGCCAGGUGGUCGGACGGCUCAUUCCAGGUUCAGUAUUCCUCUUAAUCCAGACGAGAGUUCUAGAUGUACUUUGACUCAUGGAAGUGACCAAGCUAAUUUAUUGAAAGCAUCAUCACUUAUCAUCUGGGAUGAAGCUCCUAUGAUGAGCAAGUAUUGUUUUGAGGCUUUGGAUAGAAGUUUAACUGAUAUUGUUGGGAAACACGACACACAGCCAUUCGGUGGGAAGGUUGUCGUUUUUGGUGGUGAUUUUAGGCAGGUUUUGCCUGUUAUUAAUGGUGCUGGUAGAGCUGAAAUAGCUAUGGCCUCACUUAACUCAUCAUAUCUUUGGAACCACUGCCGAGUACUUAAGCUCACGAAGAAUAUGAGAUUGCUAUCAGCCGGUUUAUCAGUGGCAGAGGCUAAGGAUCUUCAAGAAUUUUCAGAAUGGAUAUUAAAAGUUGGUGAUGGUAAGCUAUCAGAGCCUAAUGAUGGUGAGGCAGAGAUAGAAAUUCCAGAUGAAUUUUUGAUUAAAGACUGUAAUGAUCCUAUAGAAGCAAUCUGCGAAAGGAUAUAUGGCACAGCAACUUCAUUGCAUGAAAAAAAAGAGCCUAAAUUUUUUCAAGAGAGAGCUAUCCUCUGUCCAACUAACGAAGAUGUUAACAGAGUUAAUGAAUAUAUGUUGGACAAGCUACAAGGUAAAUUUUUACACAAUCAUCUUCUGAUUUCGCCUCAAACAUAUUUUUCACUCUAA